AUGGGGAGGUCUCAAGAUAAGCUUGAUAAGAUGCAGCUCCGGCAGAGUUACCGGAAUGUAUGGCAGUCCGAUCUCAUGAGCACCGUAACCACCGAUACUCCUUAUUGUUUCUUCUCGUGCUUGUGUGGACCUUGUGUUUCAUACGUACUUCGAAAGAGAGCACUUUACAAUGACAUGUCAAGGUACACUUGUUGUGGUGGAUACAUGCCUUGUAGUGGUAGGUGUGGAGAAAGCAAAUGCCCACAAUUUUGUCUUGCCACUGAGGUUUUCCUCUGUUUUGGAAACUCUGUAGCAUCUACUCGGUUUAUGCUGCAAGAUGAAUUCAACAUCCAAACAACACAAUGCGACAAUUGCAUAAUUGGAUUUAUGUUCUGCCUUAACCAAAUCGCUUGCAUCUUCUCUCUUGUCGCUUGCAUUGUUGGAAGUGAUGAAAUCUCUGAAGCUUCUCAGUUACUUUCUUGCUUGGCUGAUAUGGUCUAUUGCACGGUCUGCGCAUGUAUGCAGACACAACACAAGAUCGAGAUGGACAAAAGAGAUGGUGUGUUUGGUUCUCAACCAAUGUCAGUGCCACCGGCUCAGCAAAUGUCCCGCAUUGAUCAACCGAUCCCUCCCUAUGCCGGUUACCCUCCAGCCACUGGCUAUCCCCAGCCUUACUAUCCACAUCCUGGCCAUGGUUACCCUCCUGCUCCAGGCUAUCCACCUCCCGGUCAUGGUUAUCCUCCUGCACCGGGCUAUCCACCAGCCGGUUAUCCUUCAAAGUAAAAACAUUAACCGAUAUCUCAAUCUU